AUGUCCCUCGUGGAUGACGUUCUGUAUCAUGGCAACUGCCAUUGUGGCCGUUAUCGCUUCCAAGUCUCAGCGCCAAGGAUCGAUUCGGCAAUCUCUUGCACUUGUAGCCUCUGCGCGAAGAAGGGAUACCUGUGGCUUCUUCCGGCAGAGGGCUCGUUUACGGUUGUGAAAGACGAGGGUUGCCUUGUGGAAUAUCAAUCGUCCACCCUGAAAGACAGAUUCUGUGGUUACUGCGGUAGUGGAGUUGAGGGUGUGCAUCUCACCGGGGCUUUGAGAGAGAAGUUUCUGGUCAACAUCCGAACACUGCGGGAACCAUACGUCAACCCAUUUAAUCUUGAGCCUGCUUUGCGCGUCAUUGAGGCCAAAGGCGAUACUAGGUCGAUCGAAACAUCGUCGCAAGAAUCUGCUGAGGCAACUGCAAAAUCUCUCUUCUCAUGCCACUGUGGUGAUGUUCGAGCCACUCUUGCGGUUCCACUGGAGAACGAAGAGCUGAAGGAAGACAACUGCAGCAAAUGCGCGAGAAUUGCAUAUAUUGGUACUUAUCCAUCCAAAGACAAUGUGACAGUAUAUGGUCGAGAUCGGGUUUUCGAGUACCUCACAGGACGCAGAUUCACCGGUUCCACGUUCUGCAAGAUCUGCGGUGUCCACGUGUUCAGCAACGUUUAUGGCCCCCCAAUGAGCGUCUUUGACAAGCUCCCACCACAGAGGAAAGAGGUAGCAUUGUCAGUGUAUCACAAAAACAUGGCAAUGCAGCCACUGAACGUGCGGGCGAUGGAGGGCGUCAAGCUUGACAAUCUUCGACCGUUGAUCAAGAGAGAGGAUGAGGGAACUGAGGGUUACGACUUGGAGCCUUGA